AUGACAAGAAUGGGCAAGGCCAAGAGACUAAAACUGAUGAAGUCAAAAGGGAAAAGAUAUACCAGCAGUGGCGUUAAAAAGAACAGUAAAAACAACAGUGAAAACAUUGAAACUAAGAGGAGAGGCAAAUAUUGGAGAGCAAGAAGCAACAAUGGCAUCACCAAAAGCAUUAUCGCCGAUAACAACAGCAGAAGAAAAGUGACGAAAAGCAGUAAAAUGAUUAGCAGUGACAACAACAAUCCUGAGGAACUUCUUCAAACCACUUCAAUAAAUCAAGACAAUCCUAAUCAGAAGAAACCUAUACUAAUGUUCAUUGCUAUCAUGAGCGCGCCCCAGAGAAUUCAUCGUAGAAAUGCUUUAAGAAGAAGCUGGUUACGACAAUGUCAAGAUUAUAAUACAUCGUGUUACAUGUUCACUGACGCUUUCGACACGAAGGAGCAGCGAUUACCUGAAGAAAUAUACGUUACCUUGGAGCAAGAAAAGUUCCUACAUAAAGACUUGAUCCUUUCACAAAGCCCUGGCGGGGUAAAUUUUGCUCGAAGGUAUCUUUGGAUUAUCAACUGGGCAAAUGCAAGAUACACAUUUGAUUUCCUGUUGAGAGUUGAUGAUGAUUAUUUCAUUUGCAUGGAUAGACUCUUUUUGGAACUGCCCUAUAGAAAGACGGUGAAGAAACUGUAUUGGGGUCAUGUUCAUUGCUACCCACCAGGUGGUGUUCGAGUGGAUGAAGGCUUCGUGAUAGUAAGCAACGAUCUUGUUCAACAUUUUAUCCAGGAACAAAAUAAGACCCUGAUGUGUCAUCCAUUCGGGGACCAGGCCAUGGCAAUGUGGAUAAAUGACAUCGAGAACGUAACGUAUUUCGGGGACCGGAGGGUACACUACGAUGUAACUGCAAACAACCCUAUCAUUGAGAAACAUCUUGAGUUAUGUAAAGAUUUUCUAGCACUUCACGGCAGCUAUCCAAUACAGGUUGAACAAUAUUGGCAAAAACAUCUGGUGACACCGUCAAAAAGAUACCCAGUUCCUGAAAUCUCCUAUCCUUGUGGAGAUCAAGACAGAAAAUAUAAUAAGACGAAUUUUCAAGGAAUGUAUCAUGCUGAUCCUGUUCCUUGCAAAGACUCUCCUGUGUGGAAUAUUGGCGACGUUUACGUUGGACGAAGCGGAAAGGUCUAACGUUGCGUCCAGACUUAGUGCCCAGCACUGGUGGCAUACUGAGCACAAUGUCCUUGUUGAAUACUUGGGCACCAUGCCCAGUUUCAUUUGAAAGCGUCAUGUUCAACUUAGGCCCCAGGAAAAGUGACGGGCACCAGUCACCAGUGCUUGGCACUACGUCUGAAUGCAGCCUUAGUGAUUUAAUGAAGUUUUUAUUUAAGGUUCUGCGGUAUUUUAGAACCAACACAACCAACUGGAAUGAAAUGGAUUGUAUUACUAAGACAUUCCAGUUCAGUUGUAAGUAAUUGAAGUGAUGUUUCAGGAUUCUUCACUAAGGCAUUCUAAUUUUGAUCCUUUGACUAACUUCACGAUGCUUGCUCCAGGGUAAACGUCGGAAUUUGAAAACUGUGCCGAUGCAACGUAAUCGGUUAAUCAUCUGAGACUUAUUUAGCAACUCAAAAGGCACAGAUAAUGCAAAUUUAGAACGCAGCGGAAAAUAAUCCACGCCAGGGACCAAUCACCAAUGCGUUUUAACGCACAAGUGUAGAGCGUAACUUAUAGUGAUAAUUAUUAACUAAAUAUACGACUUUACUUGACGUAUUC